AUGUCUUACAAGCUAAACACCGCAGCUACCGUCACCGACAAUGGGAUCCUUUCUGCCGUGGGAAACACCCCGCUGAUCAAGCUCAAAAGACUCUCGGAGCUCACCGAGAGAAACAUCUACGGCAAGGCCGAGUGGAUGAACCCCGGCGGGUCCGUGAAGGACCGGGCUGCCCUCUUCUUCAUCGAAAUGGCCGAAAAGAGAGGCCUCAUCAAGACGGGCGGCACCAUCGUCGAGGGCACGGCGGGUAACACCGGUAUCGGGCUCGCACACAUCUGCCGGGCCAAGGGCUACAAGUGCGUCAUCUACAUGCCAAACACCCAGAGUCCCUCCAAGAUGGAGACGUUGCGUUUGCUUGGCGCAGAGGUCCACCCGGUGCCCGUCGUCCCGUUUGACAACCCGGAGAACUUCAACCACCAGGCCAGAAGACAUGCAGAGAGCCUGGACAACGCGUACUGGACCAACCAGUUCGACAACCUCGACAACAGACAGGCCCACAUCGAGUCCACCGGCCCGGAGAUCUGGUCCCAGUUGAACGGCAAGGUCGACGCCUUCACUUGCUCCUCCGGCUCGGGAGGCACUUGGUCCGGUGUCACCAGAUACCUGAAAACAGUCAACCCGAGCGUCAAGUCGUACAUCACUGAACCUCCGGGAUCUUGCCUAUACUCGUACGUCAAGACAAAGGGUAAGAGCUUGGAAAAAGAAGGCGGCUCCUUCACCGAAGGUAUUGGCCAGGGCCGUGUCACUAACAACGUUGCCCAGGACAUCGCACUCGCAGACGAUGCCUUCUUGAUCCCAGACUCGGAAACUAUCGUCAUGUUGUACCGUUUGAUCGACGAAGAAGGAAUCUUCGUCGGAGGUACUGCUGCCUUGAACGUCAUCGGUGCAGUCAAGGCUGCCGAAUUGGCACCUAAGGGCUCCAACAUCGUUACCAUCCUUGCAGACUCCGCCCACAAGUACACAAACAAAAUCUUCUCUAAGAAGUUCCUAAAGGAAAAGAAUUUGUACGACACUAUCCCAGAGCACUUGAAGAAGUAUGCCAGCUUGGAGUAA